AUGUUGGGUUUUCUGGACUCUACUCCAGGACUGGGAAAUGGCAGUUCUCCUGUGAGUUUGACAGAGGACAUCACGGCAGAUGAGGUGGUGAAAGCUAUUGAUCAGCUUGCCAUGAAGAAGUCGCCUGGGCCAGACGGAUUGACAGCCGAGUUUUAUAAGCACUUUAAGGUCACUCUGGCCCCAUAUUUGGUGGAGGUGUUUAAUGGCUGUCUGAGAGAGGGUUCGCUCUCUCCCUCCCAUGCAACAAUCUGCAGUGAUUCUUCUGUCAAAGGGUAAGGAUUCUUCCAGAACUGAGAAUUGCGGCCCAUUAGCCUUCUCAAUGUUGAUAGAAAGAUACUGGCAAAGAUCAUUUUCUGGUGUUUAUCGUCUGUGGGGGGCAAUUUACUUUCCCGCCAUCAGCACUAUUCGGUUCAGGGUAAAAGCACUUUUUCAGCGGUGUUAGCUGUCCAGGAGGCCCUGGAGCGGUGCAGGGCUGCAGGCGGGGGAAAGUUCCUGCUGGCAUUGGAUCAGGCCAAAGCUUUUGAUUGAGACAAUCAUGAGUACCUAUGGCUGCUUCUUGGCAAGUAUGGCCUGGAGGGGGGCUUUAUCAAUUGGCUAAAGACUUUAUACAGAGAAGCUGAAAGCUUCAUGCUUGUGAAUGGUUGGAUUGGACUGCCCUUUGAGGUUGGCUCAGGUGUGCGUCAAGGGUGUCCUUUGAGUCCUCUGCUAUAUGCGUUUGUAAUCGAUCCCUUCAUUCGGAGGUUAGAGAGCGGACCGUUGUGUGGAGUUCCUUUGGGCAUUCCUGGGGAGCCCCCUCUGAGGGUCGUGGCCUAUGCUGAUGACGUGUCUGUUUUCAUCUCCAGGACGCAGGAGGUGGAGGAGGUGGUCUCGGUGAUGGAACAGUAUGCUGAGGCAUCUGGCUCAAAGAUCAAUCAGGAUAAGAGUGAGGUUUUCUGGAUGGGAGAGGAAGGCAAAGGUUUUACCCUUCCGGAUGCCUUCCCAGAGCCCCAGCAGGAAAUUAAAGUUUUAGGCAUCAGAUUUGGUUCUGGUGAUUACGGCCUUGCAAAUUGGGUAAGCAGGCUACAAGAUGCCGAUACCAAGGUGGCCAGCUGGAAGGAUUGGAAACUCUCUUACAGGGAAAGGAUUGACCUGAAUAAAACUUACCUGAUCCCGGUGUUUCUGUAUGUCAGCUUUGUCUGUGUUCCAGUGUCUCUCUAUGCGAGGAUCUACAGUUGUUUCUUCCAGCUGUUAUGGGGGCACAAACUGAACCUCAUUAAGAGGUCUGUAACCUACCUUCCCAGGCGGAUGGGUGGCCUAGGUAUGGUCAACCUGGUGGUUUUCCUUUCUCUGAUGUUUUUGAAACAUAAUUUUGGUAGCAUGCUGGCAGAGGAACCGCCUGGGUGGGUUGGUAUUUUUCAGUCCUGGUUUAGGCCUUUUCUGCGGAGAUGGGAGAAUGGUGGGCCAGUGAAAAGCUUGAGGGUCCAACAUGGUAAGCUCCCGGCUUAUGUUGCCCCAUGUCUGAAAAUGCUUCGGUAAUGGUGAGUGACGGCGGAGGAAAUUAGGUCUCUUCCUAGGAAGGCCCUGGAGAGGAGGGUUGUUGAAUCUGCCUUUAGCGAGCCAUUGGCCUUGAGGGAUUGCCCAGACCCGGUUAUGAGGGAGGGUCUGCGUUUGAUGAAUCUCGAGAGAAUCCCUUUAAAGUUUCGGGAUUUGGCCUGGCUCUCGUUCCAUGGCAGACUCUAUGUGAAGGGCAACCUGAAGCAUCGCUCUGCGGAGAACCGUGGUUGUCCAAGAGUGGAGUGCGGUGGAGUGGAGGAGACGAUGGACCAUUUCUUGCUUCAGUGCCCCUUCAAUAUAGAUGUCUACAAGUGGGUGGGUGGGGCUUUGGGGAUCCCUUUCCUUUCCAGCUUGAGUUACGCGGAGUGGUCUUACGGAGCCUUUCAGACUCACCGGGACUUUGAUUUUGAGACACUUUUUCUAGUUAGCCUAGUAGUCCAUUAUUACACGUGGAAUGCAUGGUGUCAGGUUUCCAUUCGCAAAAAAGUCCUUCCUGUGGAGGUGCACAAUAUUCUGGGUGAGGUUGGGAAGAUUUGGGGUCUUGAGAAGGACAGGUGGUGGCCAGGAGCCUGGACAAAGGCGUGGAGGAAUGUCAGGUCCCCGUAG